AUGGAGAUCGCAAACGGCACCGGCGCCGCAGCCGCGACAGCUGGAGGAGAAAACCAGACAGCGCCUACGAAUGGCGAUGCUGCCGCUUCCUCGAGCGACUUCAAGCUCAAGUUCUGCACGGUGUGCGCGAGUAACCAAAAUAGAUCAAUGGUCUCCCACCUCCGCCUCGCCCAAGCAAACUAUCCCGUAAUCUCCUUCGGCACAGGCUCCCUCGUCCGCCUCCCGGGCCCCUCCAUAACCCAACCAAACGUCUACCACUUCAACAAGACGUCCUACGACUCGAUCUUCAAAGAGCUCGAAUCAAAAGACACCCGCCUCUACCGCGCCAACGGCGUCCUCAACAUGGUCGACCGCAACCGCCACGUCAAAUGGGGCCCCGAGCGCUGGCAGGACUGGCAGGUCGGCAUGCCGCGCCUCACCCACGCCGAAGACCGAGGCAGCGUCGGCGUCGAGGGCGGCGUUGUCGACGUCGUCAUCACCUGCGAGGAGCGCUGCUGGGAUGCCGUCAUUGACGACCUCAUGAACCGCGGUAGCCCGCUGAAUCGGCCGGUUCACGUGAUUAACGUCGAUAUCAAAGAUAACCACGAGGAGGCGAGCGUUGGAGGGCGCGCGAUUUUGGACCUGGCAAAUGCGUUGAAUGCGGCGGCGACUGAGGAGCGCGAGGCUGUGGGCGCCGCGGCGUUUGAUGGUGGCAGCGCGGGGGGUAGGGCGAGCUUUGAUGAGAGGGUGCCGGAUAUUUUGGCGGCGUGGCAGGAUCGGUGGCCUCACUUGCCUGCCGUGUGGACUCUUGCUUGGUUCUGA